UUUAUUGCUGCUUGCUCUGCUAUCUAUUUUGAAUCUUGUAUAUCUAAUUUUGCUUUCUGUGGACCUGGCGAAUCUGGCGUGAAUGUUUCUAAUAUCGAUUGUUUGCUUCUGUUGCUGGAAUAUUGUACAAACCGUUCUCUUCUUAGGAUCGCUACAUAAAUGUAUUUCUACUCCUAAUCACUUUUCCAAAUCCGGCUGUCUUGGACGAAUUGAGGCAUAUCCGAUGAUCAUCGGGCGUUUGGGUUUGUGGAAUUGGAUAACCGCGCGCGUAUUUCCUGAUCGGGAAGUACUUUAACCAGCGACGGUUAUGCCGCGAGCAGAAGAAGGUUCUGCUCCUUUGCAUCUUGUCGGCAGAGGGGACAUUCGGGCUUAUCGCUGUUAGCAGCUACUUUUGAAGCAUAUAGAGCAGUAUAAGAAA